AAAAAACUGCAAAAAAAAAUCAACAAAAAAAAGAAGAAUGUUAUUGUUGGCGAAAUAAGAUUUAUGUUGAUUCAAAUUGUGUACCUUCAGAAGACUGUUCAGAUUGGUACAGCUUUAGUGAUAAAGAUACUGAUAAAAAUAGUCAACAAAAUACUGAAGACAAUAGUAAUGAUAGUGAUGUUGAAGAUAGCGAUGAUGACAAGGAUAGUGGGAGUAGCGAUAAUGAAGAAACUAGUAGUGAUGAAGAGAAUAGUGAUAGUGACGAUGAAUAA